CCUUUAAAAGCUUCCUCUUCCACUUCCAAACUUAUUAAUCGCUUAAUUCGGUCGCGUCGGACACCAGCGGUUUCUCUCGAUUCCUCGCUUUUCAUCCUUACGACUACCUUAUAAUCUAUAACCCUAUCUUCCUUCCUCCUACUAUACAAAAUGCGUGCCACUUUUGCUCUCCGCAGCGCUGCCCGCACCCCCCUCAUCCGGUUCCUCGGCCGCCGUUCCGUGCCUCAGUCCGUUGACCACACCCCCCGUCCUCACCCCGCUUCUCCUUCCGGAAUUCUCCCGGACUCCUUCGCCGCCUACCGCAUCAAGGCUCAGCAGCACGGCCCCCUUGGCCGUGCCUCUUUCUCUCAGGGCAUUGGCCGCAGCGCUGGUGCCUCCCUCGGCCCCGUUCAGCCUAAGCAGGGUGAAUUCUUCGACCGCGACGAGCUUCCUGCCCGUUUCCACCGCCUUCCCUGGUCCGAGGCCGAGAUUGAGGCCAUUGAGACCGGCGGUGCCAGCCUGUUCGCGUAGAUCAUUCCAGGAUCUCACUCAACGAGAGAUGACGCAACGGUAGCGGUCACGGUUUUGUGAUUGACGAAUACUGCCAUGUUAAGAUAGAGU